AUGUUCCCUGUAAAAUCGUUUCAGUUUUUUUUUUUAAUUUGCUUAUUUUGGCUGUAUUGGGUCUUUGGGCAUGAGGGCUUCUUGUUGUGGAGCGUGGUCUACAACUCCGGGGCUCAGUAUUUGCAGCAGGCAUGGGUUUACUUGCUCUGCAGCAUGGUAUCUUGGGCUUCCCUGGUGGCCCAGAAGGUAAAGAGUCUACCUGCAAUGUGGGAGACCCACAUUCGAUCCCUGAGUGGGGAAGAUCCCCUGGAGAAGGGAAUGGCAACCCACUCCAGGAUUCUUGCCUGGGAAAUCCCAUGGACAGAGGAGGCUUUGGCGGGCGACAGCCUAUGGGGUCACAGAGUCCCACACGACUGA